GCAGCAGUUGGAUUUUAUGGGUUUAGGCAACAACUCUUUCAACCCGCACAGCUCGCACACUUCCUCGCUGUGACACAUCUCGAUUUUAACAUGAUCCUUUAGUUUGUUGGACAGAUUUUCUCGCUCCGGGACACCCAUGAUGAACGUGAGAUAGUCGGUGAAGUAGUGGAGCAGCGAGAAAGUGCCAAAAUCGGGCAGAAAGAUCGGUGGAAAAGUGGACUCGCUCGGUGGGUCGCUGCGUGCCGUGGGGCACCUUCGUCUAGCGCCAUUGUUUCGUUUCUCGGCGAGAACGGCGUGACAAGCUGCUGUCCGACCGAGCAAACACUGUCCGACCACUAGUCCUCGGACGCCUAAUAGCUCACUAGCUGUCGUCUUAUGAAGUGGGUUAGUAAGUGCUGUGAGUUUUUUAUGGGUGUUUGCUACUCGUGCCGAAAAUCAUCACUGAGCAGCAGCAACAACAAUCACAGUGAUAAUCUCGAGGUGGACUUGGACAAAGUCGAGUACAUCAACACCGUCUCGUCGGUGACUCCUUUAAAUGCUGCCAUCUGCGUCAACCAGUUCUCAUCCUGCUCGGAGGAGGAUAAUAUUGCAGACAUCUACCGCUGCAAGGAGAUUUCCGCCGAGGCGGUCUCCUCUCUAGAAUCUGCAGCCUCGAGCACCACCGUCCAGCAGGAGCUGCCAGGCCUCAACAACCACCAUCACAACAAUUACUACCACAGCCUUGGUGGCUACACCAAAAUGGCAAACCCUAUCAAGCAGAUGGUCAGCAAGAAGAGGAAGCGCUACACCCAGGAUGGCUUCAACCUCGACCUGACCUACAUAAGAAACAACAUCAUUGCCAUGGGCUAUCCUGCUGAGAAGAUCGAGGGCAUGUAUCGUAACAACAUUUCCGAUGUUGGCAGAUUCUUAGACAAGAAACAUCCAGAGCACUACAAAAUAUACAAUCUUUGUUCGGAGCGUUCAUACGACCCCAGCAAAUUCCAUCACAGGGUAGCUCAUUAUCCUUUCAACGAUCAUAACCCGCCUCAGAUUGAUUUAAUUGGGCCUUUCUGCAACGACGUCCACGAUUGGAUCAACAAAAACUCUGACAACGUGGCUGUUGUCCACUGCAAGGCUGGCAAGGGCCGAACUGGAGUGAUGAUCUGCUGUUACCUUCUGCAUAGCAAACAGUUCUUGACUGCCGAAGAUGCUCUCAACUUUUACGGGCAGAGCAGAACCCAUGACAAGAAGGGGGUGACAAUUCCAAGCCAACGCAGAUUUGUGGAUUACUACGCUCAGAUCGUCCAGCUCAGGCUUAAAUACCAACCAGUGACCCUUCUAUUAGAUAGAAUUUGCUUGGAACCCCUUCCCCAUCUCCAUGGAAUGCAAGGAAACUUGCAAUUUGUGAUCUCAGACUCUCAGCGGAGACUGUACACAUCGCCCCUGUACGAAAUAAAGAAAAGCCUGCAAAGUUUGUCCCUGAGCCCAAGAGUGACCAUCACCGGUGAUAUUAAAGUGGAGUUCUACAUGAAAAAUGCACUCAGGAGAAAGGAGAAACUGUUUCACUUUUGGUUCAACACAUUUUUUGUCAACGAAGAGGCCAAGCACGAAACCAACGAGAACGGAAAUGAAACUGCAACCCCAGAACGAAGGCCACAUCAGAGAACCAGCCGUGCCAUGAGCUAUGAUGAACAAUCCACACUUCCUCCUAUGAUGUUCCUACAGCAAACGAGUUCCCUUGCAUCAUUGCAAACUGAUGGUAUCAGCGAACUGAUGCUUACCAUUGACAAGUGGCACUUAGAUGACGCUCACAAGGAUAAGCAGAACAAGAUCUUCGACCAAAACUUCAGGGUUCGCCUGUUCAUGCUUCGUGUACCUAAUUUAGAAUCGUCCGUGGAUCGUAUCUCGUUGGCUAACAAUGCCUCAAGACUGCAGACUGGAGCAGGCAUUCUUUCACCAACUCUACCGCAGGCUGGUGUUGUGGUGGUCGAAAACCAGGACACACCGAACAGUUCAUCAGAGGGCGACGACCACUCAAGCUCAGAGAGCAGCGAAGACGGUGAAGGCGGUGAUGAAAGUUGGGAGUCUGUGAAUCAUGCACGUGUGGUGAGGUAUCGGCUUCUCUCUGAGGCAGAGUAUCAAGCGGGUGAGCAGGUGGCGUGAUGAAUCAUAUCCCAAGCAACUAGCAAUCGAAGACAAAGCUGAUAUUCAAAUCGAUCAAUUAUGGCUGAAGCUGGGAAGAAAUGUUCUGAUUUCUUCCCAGCGUGCGGAUGCGAUGAUUCUGAUGUGACGAGUUGCGAAAAAAACUUAUUUUCCUUUGAUCAUUGAUUUAUAGAACACCAACCAAAAAUGAAGCAGCUGACUUAAAACUGAAUUUUAGUCGCAUAGACUAAAUGUGUAUGAUCAAAUGCAUUUCAUGCAAAUAUUCAAGUAGACAUUAUUGACAGUAGCCUUUGAAGCUAAUUAUUUGCAGAUUGGUGUCACUAGAUUGAUUUUGGCCUGGUGCUUUUUGCCCUGAACACUUCUUGGAAAAUUUUCUGUAGAUCUUAAUUUUUGACGGAAACACUUAAAACAGACAAAUUUGUUUUUUGCAAAACUCCUUUUGCUGAUGAUGUUUUAGUUCCAUUUAUAGUGCAUCCAUUUUAGUCAAAAGCAUAUUUUUCUCGCAAAUUAUUCAUAGACUUACGUAAAAUGAAAUAACGCUUCGAUUUUAGAGGAAAUGAUACUUGAAUAUGGAGGACUGUUUAAGCCAUACAUGUACAAAUUAACAUUUUGCUAUUCAGUGAUCACAUUUGAGUCCAUUUUGAACAAAAAAAAAAAAAAAAUGAUAGUUCGGAAAAAAAUAAUCAUCACCAAUUUGCUGAUUGUGACAAAAUGUCAGAAAUUUAAUUUCUAAUCAGAACAAGAAAGUAAAUUGUGAACACAAUUAACAAUAACUAAUAAUAAUUCUUUGUAAUAUGAGAUAGUUGCAUAUACAUGCAUUAUUUUUAACGGAUUAUAAAGUAGAUAUUUACUAUUAAAUUACUCUGUCAAAAGUGACAAGUACAAGGUUUCUAAAAUAGAACUGAAUUUUCUCACACUAAAGGAACCAAAUUAAUUUAUAAAGUAAAUCACAAGGACAUAAUAUUUGAUAGCAGAAUUAUAUUAUAUUGUUGAUGUGACUCUGGUUCGGCACAAAACCAAGAAAGAAAUUUCUGCAAACACAACUACUGUAUUGGUAUUUUGCCCAAUACCCACACCCACUGUUUGGUAACAAGGCAACAAUAUUGUACUUUCUCAACACUUUGAUGACUACAUAAACUAUACAUACUGUUUUCAACUACACUGAACUACUACGAUAAUAUCAAUUAUUUUCACAAUACUUUGUACUUUUAAUUUUUUGUGCCAACUUGUGCCAAUCACACACUUACCUUUGCAAAAUAAUUUAUUGGAAAUAGCAAGAGGAAAUAUUAACUGCAUUUUUAAGUUAUCUGCAGAUCUCGGGAAUAAUUGUCGGAAUUUCUACUUAGCUGCUGGAAAUCAUUAAUUGUUGUUGGAGGUGUUCUUUGGGAAAUGAUUGAUUUAAAAAAAAAAAAAUAUGAGUAAAGAUGUUUUGCUGGAGAAAAAUGAACAUGAUGUUUCUGUAUUCGUGUACCAAGACGGAGAAGAAUUUUAUUGCAAAAACGACAACUAAUCAAAUACACACACUCUGGAGAAAUAAAUAAUUGAGCUGCAAACUAUAUAUCUCUGUGCUUUGUCUUCCUUUUCUUCCUGCUUUCGCUUCCUUCCAAUGAGGUAGUGGUUUUAAACUAUUUGAACGACCAGCAACUAACAAAGCCUGCUCUGUUGCUUUGGUUGAAAAAUUGCCAUUGGAGGUAUGUUGUUUUAUGCAUUGCUGCCGCAAAACGAUUUGUAACGCUUGGGUAUAUACUCGGAGUGGAGCUUAAUUGCAUCAGGAGAGGUGAGGGCAGAAGUUAAAACAAACAAAAAUGCCCCGCUCACGAUCAGUUGAACAGUAAGUUUUUCUUUCAGGAGAAUCAACUCAUUUUUAACAUCAAGUCGUUUGCCUCACAUCAUCAUACGCCCUUCAUAAGUUAAAAACAAUGCUUCUUUGCCUGGUGAACAUUGAAACAAAAAAACACUGCUCUGUUGGGAUUGAUAGAUGACUAACACACUGCUGGGCAUUUGGGCAACUCGCCAGUGGGAAAGACAAACGUACAAAAACUUUUCAAGUGUAAAAGUGCUCAUCACUGCAUUUUUCUCUGAUCUUCAUUACUCAAUUACGUACUAGAUUUAAUAAGAUUAAAGGCUUGCCAAAAAGGUGCCAUCAUCAAAGUGUGACAAUUAACGAAUUGAAGAAAACCUGAAGAAAGUGUGAUGCGUUUGUUGACUUCCGAAGUAAGAACUGAAACGGUUUAGGUGCAAGAGAACAAUUUCAGCAGGAAUUUCAGUACAAAAGUGGAUUUAAGUAUAGGCAAUUUCAAACAAAAUGAUAUAGUUGGCUCUGUAAUUUAAAUAUAAAGACUGUUUUGAACAGAUCUGCUUUUUGCUAGAAUGUGUUGUGAAAUCGAUAGGGAUUUUUAUAUUGCCAAUUCAUAAAACUCAACUAAUUUUAAUUGAAAUGGUUGAUAUCAAUCAACAAAUUUUAACAUUACCUUCUGUCAAUUUUUCUUAUUCUUGGUAUAUCACAAAUAAUGAACUUUCUCAAAAAUGUUCUGUUAACAUCAAACUUACAACUUGCGUUUAAAUUUUGAAAUUGAUGUCCUCAUUGACCUUAUUUUGUGUUGUCAAUGCGGUACUAUGGUACCCAGUUGAUUUUAUGUACAAUUUCAUGAUCUCAAAACUCUGACACCAAAAAACAUUGACAGAAAGUAAUUAAGUAAUUUUUAUUUAAGUGUUAGUUAAUCAUUCUGAAAAGGGCACAUCUUUUUUUAAUGCAGGUGUCAGAGGAUGAGAAACUGUUGUUCUCAUUAACUUGACAUUUUUUUUAUCAACUUCUAGAGGCAAUUUGUACUCUUGAAAGUAACCGGUAUUACUUAAAUGGUCACCAAAUUAUUUCAGAAAAGUGCCGACAACAAACAAUGAUUGAAUAAGAGAUUGAAACAUUGGACAUACUGAGCAUUGCAGUGGAAGCUGCAAACUUUUAAAUCGGUCGGUGAAGGGUAGCGUAGAAGAUAAUAUGAAUGACUGUUAAUGAAAUUAGGAUGAUUGUGAUUAAAAGGCUAAUUGUAAUCUUUUUACUGUUUUGACUGUAAGCUUAGACAUUUGUUUCAAUUUUGCUAGAGAUGAGAAACAAGAUAAUCUUUCAGAUGUUAUAAUUUAUUUGAUAACAACUUCAUGUAGCGUGAAUAAUUAUAUAUAUUACCAAUAAAGAGAUAAAAGUUAAAAGAGGACAUUCA